UGUUUAAGUGUUUACUUAUAACUUGGUUAUAUUAAACUAUAUCCCUUGCUUAAGUAAAUGUUAAAAUAUAAUCGCUAUAAUCUCAAUUACUCAUUGAAAUAUUAUAUACUGCUAUAUAAGUAUAUGAAUUGAAAGAUGGCUUCAAAGAAAGCGGGAAAGAAAAGAAAGGCGCAUGAUAUCACUGAACUCAAAGCGGAUUCGAUAGACAACACCGCUCCAGUGCAUAAGAUAUUAGACGACGUGCAACAGAGGAAUCCAAAGGCGUAUCAAUUCUACUAUCAAAAUCUACGGCAGCGUCGCACAAAUAAACAAUACUUACUGAGUUUCCACAACGUUGUUCCCGGAUACCCUCUCAAUGCUUUCGGCGAAGAUUGGAAUGGUCAACUUAACUUUGAUUAUUUUGAAAGAUUUCCCUACAAAAGCUACCCGCCAAAAUACAUUACGAGCUUACGGCACAUCGAUAAAUGUGAUCCCGUUACGAAAUACAUGAAAGAGAAGCUAGACUGGAAAACUAUGUACAAGACACUGAAAAUUACGGCUAGUAAAUACAAUGUGAUUGAAAAGUUUGAAGACUUGAAUGGGGAAGUAGUUAGAUGUCCAAAGCUGUUGGUGGAUAUGGCAGCACAUUUUGAAAGCCGACCUGAUCCAUACUUUGAUAGCACAUACAACUGGUACUACGCUGGUAAUGGAAACUUGCAACUGGUGUGCUUAGAUUGGAUUGACUACCUACUUUAUAGUGAAUUGAACUGUGUUUAUUUGUCCCAAUUUAACAAGGAUGAAGUAUUCAUAAAAUCAGACUCAACAGCUACAUUUCAGUGUGAUGAUGAUGAACAUAUUUUGGAAACUAUUUCAUCUAAUAACAUAGUUGUGCUAAGAACUAGAAACAAAGUUUAUAUUCUAAAACUUGUUGCUAAUGGUGAAGAAUUUCAGUUUGAGAAAAUGAAAAUUAUACAGUCCGAACUACCUUAUACGAGUGUUAAUUUUGAUGAUCAUCACAAGAAUAUUUUGUAUGUAACCACAUUAGAUUACAAACUCGCUAUCGUAAAUCUCGAUAGGAUGAAAGCCCGGAGUGUACAGUUAAGUGCUAAACUGACUUCCCUAUUCAAUAAUUGGAACUCUGUGAUGGGAGCUGGAAGAGGAAUGUACACUCAUGUGACAAAAAAAUCGAUUGCAAUAUACGACAAAAGAGCUAAUAAUUGUGUCGGCGUUUAUAAAGAGUUAAAACAUGUUAUGGACGAGAUAACAUGCAAUGAGAUAAGCGUAGCGAGGCAUUUUGAAGGCUCACACUAUUUGUAUUUUGCAACCGAUCACCAUCUAUUCAAGAUGGAUCUGAGAUAUCAACAGAAUGGUAAAAUGAAAGUUGUGCAACGAUGGACGCACGGUAUGGAGGUUGUCCCUACUUACAUGUCGUACUGUAACUUUGAAUACAUCAAAGAUUUGAUCUGUCUCGGGAGCCAAUGGUGUGAGGAUAUGUGUCUCAUACCAAACUACAACGAUAGAGCUCUAAAUGAUACUGAAACGGGUGGAAUGACUAUACCGUAUCGCCCUCCGAGUAUACUCGACGCUUUCAAUGAAGCGAGAGAGAAGAUGCUCUGCUGUGAUCUUUACAAUCCAAUCGAUCUGAGGCUCCGCACAGCUAUAACUGGUACUCUGCCUAUGGAGCAAGGAGAGAAGUAUAACAUUCUCCUCCUAAACUCACUCGGAGAUAUAUCGUGUCAUACAAUAUUUCCCGAGCAUUUGGACACAUUUUUAGAGAAUGACGCCGCUCAAUGUCUCGACGAGUGGGCGCAGAGUUACAGAACCGAGACAAAAGAAUUUGAAGUAUCAUCCAUUGAGAAUAUUGCCAAUGUUUUGUCAAAACUGAGAAAAAUGCCGCCAGAUUAUAAAAUAGAAGGUGGCUGGUCGAGAAAAGAUACAAAGUUUAGCGAGAAAGAGAUAACAGAGAUUUUUGAGAAUGAAGAAAUAGAUUGUGGGCUGCAGGAGGUUUGGACUAAGAGUGCAGAUCAGACUGUUGAUCAGUCUUCUUUUGCACUUAAUCUAUUUUACUCUGAUGACGAAAAUGAAACGUGAAUUUGUAAGCAAUUGUGAUAUUUAACUAGAAAUAAAU